AUGGCCUGGAUGGACAGACACAAUCACACGGUGCUGAAAGAAUUCAUUCUCUUGGGACUCACAGACCGCCCUGAGCUGCAGGCUCCGUUAUUUGGGCUCUUCCUCGUCAUCUACGUGAUCUCAGUGGUGGGCAACUUGGGCAUGGUCAUCCUCACCAAGGUGGACUCCAGGCUGCAGACACCCAUGUACUUCUUCCUCAGACACCUGGCUUUCAUUGAUUUUGGUUAUUCAACAACUGUGGGGCCUAAAAUGUUGGUAAAUUUUAUUAGUGAUCAAAACACAAUCCCCUAUAAUCGGUGUGCCACACAGCUGGCUUUCUUCAUCUUGUUCAUCAUCAGUGAGCUUUUCGUCCUGUCGGCAAUGGCCUAUGACCGCUCUGUGGCCAUCUGUAACCCUCUGCUCUACAGUGCAGUUAUGUCCCAAAGCGUGUGCUGGGUGCUGGUAGGAGUCCCCUACCUUUACAGUGCCUUUGUGUCUCUGAUAACCACCAUAAAGAUAUUUACUUCAUCAUUCUGUGGCUAUAAUGUCGUUAGUCACUUCUACUGUGACAGUCUUCCCUUGUUAAGUUUGCUGUGCUCAAGCACCCGGGAAAUUGAGUUGUUCAUACUGAUCUGUUCAGUGUUUAAUUUGGUUUCAUCUCUUCUGAUUGUCCUUGUGUCCUACAUACUGAUCUUUAAGGCCAUCCUCAGGAUGAACUCCGCAGAAGGCAGGCUCAAAGCCUUCUCCACCUGCGGGUCUCACCUGACAGUGGUAGUUGUGUUAUAUGCGACUCUCUCCUUCAUGUACAUGCAGCCCAAGUCCAGUCACUCCUUCAAUUCUGAUAAAAUAGCCUCUGUGUUUUUCACUUUGGUAAUUCCCAUGCUGAAUCCUAUGAUCUACAGUUUGAGAAACAGAGAGGUCAAAGGUGCCCUGCAUAGGAUGUGGAAGAAUCUGUGCAAAUUCCCUAUUUAA